AUGGUGGAACUCUAUCCUUCUUGGCUGGCUCCAGCCCCUUUUCUUCUCCAAAAACCGGGUCGCCUUUCGUGCUGGAAACGCCGCGCGGCAUUUUCGUUCUGCUGCUCGCUGCUGGGUCAACAGUCCCCAGUUCGAAACGAGACCUGCUGGGGACUCACCGGGCUUUCGCCCGAGCUUUGCUGCAGUCUGGCACCCUGGAACGAUAAUGAGAGGUUCCUUCCUUAUUAUCAGGAAGAGGUACUGCCAUUGAUUCUACGUUCAGGUUUGAAGCUGUCGAUUUAUCAGGAACCUGCUGACUUUCUCAGCAGCAAGCAAGGGAUGGUGCGAAGCUUUGGCUCCGGAUAUUUGUGGAGCGGUGGCUACCAGAUGCUACGAUGGCUGGAAUGUUCUGCUGAUCUACGUCCUGGUUCCUGGUUGGGUCGUCGCUUCCUGGACCUGGGCGCCGGCGUGGGCGCGGUGGGUCUCAUGGCGCUGCUGCAGGGGGCACAGGUGACGCUGGUGGAUGCGGAUGCACAGCGGGGACUCAUCACGCGAAAUUUGCGUGCCAAUUUGCCGAAGCAGCUCCUGAAGUUUGCGAGAAUCUGUCAGCUGAAUUGGACCUCGCAGUCUAUUAGCAGAACUUUAGAGCUACUUCGUGCGUGCGAGGGAAGGGACUUGGAAUAUGAUUUUCUGCUGAUGAGCAGCUCGUUCUACUCUCCGGACGACCUCACAAGCUUGAUGAUCGCUAUUUCCAAGCCAACCACCCGAAUUUUAGGUGCCUUUGGUCCCGAAAAUGAAUACCAUCCAUUGCUGCAAGCAGCGUUUUCUGCUGCAUUUGAAACCAGAUCCAUUCGAUUGGACUUGGAUCUCACUGCCAUCAACGCUCCGCUCUUGGAGCUGCGCCGGGCGACCUCGGCAACCUCUGCCCGGGUGCGCCGAGCCUUGCGCCGCGCGGCGUGCAAUGCCAGUGGAGAAAACUGGCACCCGGUGAUGGGUUGGCUAGUUGUUUUUUGA